UGGAAUGUUAUGCGGAAAGUGGAUGGUUAAAAAUAGGACGAUUUGAAAGGAAAUGCGUGGAAUAACGAAGUUGUUUGGAAAUUUAUUAUCCAGGAAUCUUAGAUGCUUUUAUCAAGUUGGUUAUUUAAGGAGUAAUAUUUUGAAGACAAGACAUCUUUGUACAACAAGAAACUUGUUUGUUUAUUUUAAUGAGAGAGCUUUUUCUUCGCCCAAAAGGACAAGGGAAUUAUGUGAUGCUCCCUCAGUUAGAUGCUGGAAAUGUAACUACAGUUACUCUGCCAGUGUUGAUGGAGAAGCUGUGUUUUUUUGUCCAUCAUGCAAUGUUAUACAAGAGCCAAUUUCAGAUCGUACAUAUUUUGAUCUAAUCAGUUGUAAACCAUCAUUUGACCUAGAUACGCAGUACCUGACAGAGCAGUUCCGUAGCCUUCAAAGCCAUCUUCAUCCUGAUAAAUUCUCCCUUAAAUCUGAGAGAGAACAGAAUAUGUCAAGUCUCCAGUCAUCACUUGUGAAUGAAGCAUAUCAAGUGUUGCUCAAACCUUUAUCAAGAGGACUGUAUCUGCUAAAACUUGAAGGUCUGUCUAUAGAAGAAGGAGACACAGGAAGUGAUGUUGAAUUUCUUAGUGAGGUUAUGGAAAUGAAUGAGAUGCUUGAGAGUGGAACUGAGGAAAUGUUAAGAGAGUUGAGAAGGGAAGUGGAAGGCAAACUGGAGUCAUAUAGAGAAAAUGCUUCAGAAGCGUUUGAUAAAGAGGAUUUUUUAGCUGCAAAGGAAAUCUUAUCAAAAAUGAAGUACUAUGAUAAUAUCAGCGAACAAAUUCGUGAGAAAAUCAUGGGAUGAAAUUGUACAAAACAGCUGGCGCCUCCACUCAAGGCAGAAUCUUCACUUGGUGAAGGUGUUCCUCGUGUCUUUUUUGCACCCUCUUUUACACGAACUCGAGCGUU